UUCAGUUUUCCCGCGAACGUCAAUAAAUUCGAAGGUUUUGCGGGUAUUUUUGUAAAUUAGGUUUCUUUGAAAUGGCUCAAGGACACUAUAAUGCGGCGUAUGACGAUUACGAGAGUAAUGCGGAACCGAAUCGGAGUAAACCUACAAUAGAGGCAGAUCUUGAAAAACCUCCUCCCCCGAAGAGAGACAAAUGGGGUAAUGACAUUGAAUUCUUAAUGUCCUGCAUUGCUCUCUCCGUUGGACUGGGUAAUGUGUGGCGAUUUCCAUUCAUAGCCCUGGAGAAUGGUGGAGGAGCCUUUCUGAUACCCUACGUUAUAACACUGCUGCUGGUUGGCAAACCGAUUUACUAUUUGGAAAUGAUUUUGGGACAAUUUUCCAGUCGAGGCAGUGUUAAGGUCUUUGAAUAUGCACCGAUUAUGAGAGGCAUUGGUUAUGGCCAAGUCCUUACCACAUUUUUCAUUUCAACCUAUUAUUCCUCGUUGAUGGCCAUAACCCUGCGCUAUGUUGUGGAUUCACUUUAUGCCACCUUGCCAUGGAGUUAUUGUCGAGAGGAGUGGGGCCAGCUGUGCAUUGAUUCAAAAUUACAAAAAUCAUCCACAAAUCAAAAUUUGUCAGAAGUCAAGAAAACCUCGGCGGAAUAUUAUUUUGUAAAUAUAGUUCUCCAUGAAAAACCGAAUAUUGAUGAUGGUAUUGGUGUGCCCAACUGGGUAUUGGCCAUAACUUUGGCCUUUGCUUGGCUGGUAAUUUCUUCGGUUAUCAUUAAGGGCGUCAAGAGUUCUGGCAAAGUUUCCUAUUUUCUGGCCAUGUUUCCCUAUGUCAUCAUGUUGGUGCUGCUGAUACGUUCCUUAACACUGCCGGGGGCAUUUAAUGGGGUUUUGUUUUUCCUAACGCCACAAUGGGAUAGACUCUUGGAUGCCCAGGUUUGGUAUGCAGCGGUAACGCAGGUAUUUUUCUCCUUGACGGUGGGCUAUGGUGUUAUACCGAUGUAUGCCUCGUUUAAUCGUUUUCGUCAUAAUAUUAAGCGUGACUGCAACAUUGUAACCACCUUGGACACAUUUACCUCCCUUUUGUCGGGCGUUGUUAUUUUUGGCAUUUUAGGUCACUUGGCCCAUGAAUCGAACACAGAUGACAUUAAGAGUGUGGUGAAAUCGGGUCCCGGCUUGGCUUUUAUAUCCUAUCCAGAUGCAAUUGCAAAGCUGCAGGCGGCUCCUCAGGUCUUCUCGGUCCUGUUCUUUUUCAUGCUGUUUACAUUGGGAGUGGGUACCAUAACUGGUGUAUUUUCCACUUCCAUUACCGUAAUAUGUGAUCGCUUUGUGUCCGCAAAACGUUGGAUUGUCGUCAUUGUCAUGGCCACCAUUUGUUACUGCUUCGGUUUGAUGUACAUCACGCCGGGUGGCCAGUUUAUGUUGAACUAUAUCGAUUUCUAUGGCGUUACCUUUAUAGCAAUUGUCUUGGCUAUAGUGGAGUUGAUUUCAGCUGCUUGGAUUUAUGGCGUUAAAAGCAUUUGCAGAGACAUCAAAUUCAUGUUGGAUAUCAAAACCUCGAUCUACUAUCGCUUGUGUUGGGGCGUUAUUACACCGAUAUUUAUGACAGCGAUUUUGAUUUACAUGCUGGUCGAUUACAAGCCACUGACAUACAAUGAUGUGGCAUAUCCUGAGUAUUUAUACGUUCUUGGUUGGUGUAUUUCUGCCAUAGGCAUUGGUCAACUCAUCAUUUGGGCCAUGUAUGCGAUAUAUGAGGCACCUGAGUUAAGUUAUUGUGAAAGAUUCAGGAAUGGUUUUAAACCUCUAUCAGAUUGGGGUCCACUAGAUCCGGAAACAUUAAAAGACUACAAACGUUAUGUGGAAGAUCAGAGGAGAAGUUCGACGGCGCCGAAAACUUCGUUUUGGUCAAAAAUCUGUGAUAAUGUUUUUGGUUAAGGAAAUAAAUAGA